AUGGUCACAGUAAGGUCUAUAGGGGCUCUUGCUGCUGCUUCACGUUGGUUUGUGUUUCAAAUGGAUGUUCAUAAUAAAUUUCUGCAGGGUGAUCUGAGUAAGAUGUUUAUAUGCAAAUUCCUAAUGGCUUUUCAAGCCAGGGGGAGUAUCAGAAGGAAAGGAGCAGAUUUCGUGAUUGUGCUUGUCUAUGUUGAUGACUUGCUAGUAACUGGCAGUAAUCUAAACUUGAUUGUGAAGCCAGGAAAGAACCUGCAGAGCAGGUUACUUGAAGAUAGAAGUGGUUGUCAAAGAAUAGUGAGAAGACUAUUGUACUUGACCAUGACUAGACCUGGCAUAGCCUUUGUCGUACAGGUUCUGAGUCAGUUGAUACAUGCUCCCAAACAAUCACAUAUAGAUGCUGCAAUGAGAAUUAUCAGGUACAUUAAAGGUAAUCCUGGUCUUGGGCUAUUUCUACCAUCAAUUGGCAAUCAAAAGCUGAAGCAAGGAACAGUUUCAAGAAGCUUAGUUGAAACAGAGUUCAGAAGCAUGGCCACUACUGUUGCAGAGACAAAGUGGUUGGUUGGAUUAUUUGAAGAGUUGGGAGUAUCAGUUGAGUUUGCAGUUCAACUUCACUGUGAUAGCAAAGCUGCAAUUCAAAUUGCAGCUCAUCCUAUUUUUCACGAAUGA